AUGCUCACCUAUCACAUAUUAUUUUGGUUCAUUUCCCUAUUCCCAUUAUGCCAAUGUUGGUCUCCAACAAACUCAUAUGCUCCUGGGAAAGUAAAAUGCCCCAGCUCUGAUAUCUUAAGAGUUGCCAAUAGUAUUUCAGAUGAAGAAGAUGAGUGGUUACAAGGAAGAGAUAAGGUUACCAACAAGAAGAUCGUCGAGUUUCUCAAGUACGCUAAUAUGACAGAUAUUGAUCCUGAAGAUUAUGGAAAGCUAAAUAGAAGUAUACACAUUGGAUUAGCAUUUUCUGGUGGUGGUUACCGUGCCAUGUUGAAUGGAGCGGGCCAACUAAGUGCUUUAGACGAAAGAACUAAGGGUCCAGAUGGAGGAAAAGCAAAAGGAUUGAAUGGUUUGCUUCAAGCAAGUACUUAUAUUGCCGGUUUAUCUGGUGGUAGCUGGCUUGUUGGGUCUGUUGUAUUUAAUAACUUCACCUCAAUUCAAGAUAUCGUUGACCGCAAAACCAAGAUUUGGGAUUUGGAACACUCUAUUGUGAACUACGGGGGAUUGAAUGUGUAUAAGACCUACAAAUACUACAAGGGGAUCUCAGACGACUUGAACAAAAAAGAGGAUGCUGGCUAUGAACUUUCAUUGACUGAUACAUGGGGUAGAGCAUUGGCACAUCAAUUCCUCACCACACUCAAUGAUACAGGAGCUUCCCUUACAAUGAGCUCUCUUCAGGACUGGGAUGUGUUUAAAAACUACGAAAUGCCAUUCCCAAUAUUUGUCAGUGACACAAGGUCACCCAAUAGUCGAAUCAUUAGUCUCAAUUCCACAUUGACUGAAUUCAACCCGUUCGAAAUGGGAAGUUAUGAUGCGAGCUUGUAUCAGUUCACCAAGCUCAAGUACUUGGGAACUGAGUUGGAGGAUGGAGAUACCAAUGGAACAUGUAUUGGCGGAUUUGACAAUGCUGGGUACAUCAUGGGAACAUCUUCCACGUUGUUUAACCAAUUUGUGUUACAAAUCAAUACCACUUCGUUAUCGUCGACAAUCAAAUCCAUCAUCACCUCGUUGUUAAAGAAAGUGGAUCAAGCUGAAAAUGACGUUGCAGUGUAUGAACCAAAUCCAUUUUACAAAACAGACGUGGGUACUUCAUCCCAUAUUGCCAACAAUGAAACCUUGACUCUUGUUGACGGUGGUGAAGAUGGUCAAAAUAUUCCAUUGUCCCCAUUAAUUCAGCCAGUUAGAAGCGUUGAUGUUAUUUUUGCAUUCGACAAUUCGGCAGACACUAAUCAAUACUGGCCAAACGGAACCUCAUUAACUCAGACUUUCAAUAGACAAUUUUCACCGACUGGAAAUGGUACGAUCUUCCCAUAUGUCCCCGAUGUCAAUACCUUCAUCAACUUGAACUUGACUGCAAGACCAACUUUCUUUGGAUGUGAUGCGAAAAACUUGUCCUCAUUGCUUCAACAUCGAAACAUAAGUACCUACAGUAAUCAGUCAAGCUCAUAUUCCAUUUAUGAUUCGCCAUUGAUUGUAUACACCGCUAAUCGUCCAUUUUCAUACUGGUCCAAUACAUCCACAUUCGACUUGAAAUAUGAUGAUGAUGAACGCAACUCAAUGAUUAGGAAUGGGUUUGAAGUUGCAUCAAGAAACAAUUUGACAUUAGAUUCCGAAUGGCCAGCUUGUGUUGGAUGUGCAAUCAUUAGAAGACUGCAAGAGAGAAAUGGUGAAGAACAAACUGAACAAUGUAAGAGAUGCUUUGAAAAGUACUGCUGGGAUGGAAGUUUGGACACUGAUGAUGAAAAUAGGUUGAAUUUCACCUCGGAGGGUACCACUAGUGGUAAUGAAGGCACAAAAGUUGGUGCAGCAAACAUGGUUUCAUUCAGUUGGACUUUAUGGUUGAGCUCAAUGGUUAUUCUGAGCUUGCUUGUAUUCCAACAAUUCUAG